AUGGCUGAUAAAGUGGCUGAUGCGCGCAUGGUGUCGUGGAACAAUGGGACCGCGACGAAUCCGCCCGACCACGCUGGCCUUGAGGCGGUCACUUUGUUGUCCAUGGCCGAUCGCAUCCAGUACUGCAGCCUAGAAGAGUUUCGGAAGUGCUACCUGGAGGGCGUCGGAUUUAGGACGCUCGGAAGAACGCAACUGCGCACCAUCGAGGCCAGACUGAGAAAGCAAGGCAAACUCGACAAACACGGCUGGACGGCACUCCGGACCUGGGGCACUGAGGACGCGUCUUCCCCUCGCCUCCAGUGGACGGCCAUGGAGGUCGUCAUAUCCAGCAUCCAGCGCGCGGCACAGUGGGCGCACCCGAAGCGCUUCGGCGAGAAGAAGCGGAACGCCCAUUUCGAGAGCCGGUAUCGCGCGAAGAUGGCGCCGUUUCAAGAAGGGUAUAUGGAGCUGCUGAAGAAGAAGGCGCCGAGGGGAACGCGAUUGGGCACUGCUUUCGACGUGCCUCUGAUCAGUCGGGAGGACGCGACGCGUGGCUUGGUUUAUGGAGCUGACAUCGGCGUCUCGGUCUGCUGGGACAAUCGGGACGACGACGACAACACAGCGAUGCGGAGUCUCGUCAACAACAUCGGCGCCGCAAGUUUCCUCCUAUAUAACGAUCGCCGGCGCGCGUUCCAGUUCACUAUGACUAUGCGAGGCACACGCGUUCAGUUCUGGUGCCACUCGCGCUCUCAUUCCGUCGGCACCUUUCAGAUGGAUGUCAACAAGUGCUACAGGGAAUUUAUACACUUCGUCCUCUUUAUCCUCUACGCCAACGAAGCGCAGCUCGGCUUCGAUCCAACUGUCAUCCGUGUCGUUGAUGCUCAUGGUCGGCCUCAGUACCAGUUCGACGUCGUCCAUGAAGGCGAGGAGACCCCAAGGGUCUAUCAGACUCUCGACGUGCUCUUCCAAUGUGCAUUCACCAACGCACUCCAUGAUCGUGCAAUGGCGGUAUACCGCGUCUGCCCGGCGACGAAGGGCGACGGACUCUCGGCUAGAUUCGACCCAGCCAACCACCGUGUUCUCAAAGACUUCGCCCAAUUGGCCACCAAGCCUUACGAAUUAGCUGAACGCAAUCGAAUCCUGGAGUGUCUUAAGAACGCUGCUCAAACCCCAGAGGAACGCGCGAGAUGCGACGGCUUCUUCACGACGGUGCUCGCCGACUUCGAGGUUUUCGACAUGGCGGACCGGUCGCCCUAUCCCGAUCAGGCCUUGAACCUGGUGCCUCUCAGAAGGCGGCGAACCCUCGUCAAGGAAGUCUGCGACGACUUAUACGCUAUCGAAAAUGGGGUGCUCUGUUUCUACACAUUGGCCGAAAGCAGCACCAUUCUCUUGUUCUUCAUGCGCGCUGGCGUCGUCCACGGAGAUAUCAGCCCGGGAAACAUCUUGAUGCCGCUUGUAAGGCCGCGUUGUGGCAGCGAAAACUACUCGGCAGUCAGGAUCGCGGACUUCGAAUACACAAAGGACUACAGCAAGGCGGUGGAGGGUCUCAAAACCGGCACUCCGGAAUAUAUGGCGGUCGAAGUACAAGCGGGACAACAUCUCUUCUACGCCGAAGACGCUCCGGAAGCUCUGCUUGCGCGACACCACUGGAGCUACAACUUCUACUACGACGCCGAGCCGCUUAUCUGGAUCGCUCUCGACUUUGCCUUGUCCCGCUUCCGCCUGGAAGCGGGCGAAGAAAAGCAGCCUGAAGAGCUCUGCCAACAGCAGCUAUUCCGCGACUCAAUCAUCACCUGCUCCCCUGAGGGCACACACGCGCGUCAGGACCUCAUGAUGGGCGAAUUCUUCCAACUCGGCCGCCUCAAGCUCAUACUUGAGCGCGCGUACGGGCCGAAGUCCCCAAUGCUGCUUCUCGUCGGGCUCGUCAUCAAGAUGGGGAACGCGCAUCGUGCCGCUCAGGGGAGCCAGCUGAUUCCUGAGGACGAGGAACCCGGUGACGACGUAUUCAGGCAGCUGGAAAAGGAGAACUUCGACGAAGAUAUCUACAUCGUCAUGCACGAGGCUUUCAUGAUGAUCAGUGAAGCCUUGGAGGACGUGGAUCUGAUACCUCUGCGAAAUGCUGGGAUAGACCAGGAGACGGUUGCCUCGUAUGAUGCUCCGGAGCUGAUGAGGCAACUUGACCAGUCGAUCGUCGAUGCUCUCACGCCGGAGGAGAAGGCAUUGAUAGGAUUGGCGCCCGCACCGAUGUCCCUGGACGCUGCGAAGGAAGAGAUGCACGAGCAUCCCGACGAAGUCCCAUCUACUGCUCACUCGGAUGGUGAGGUAUCAUUGCUGGGACCGGUGUCCCUCGAGAACACUGCUAGUGAAGAAACGGCAAGUCACAGCGACCAUGUCGCAUCUUCGACUACGGACGAGGAACAACUCCUGGAUGACUACGCGCCAAUCAUGGAGCAUGCCGAGGCAGAGAGCGAGGAAGACCACUGCACAACCGCGGCGGCGCUUCCGCUCGCACACGAAGUCAUGGCGCCCAACAAUCGAGACGCUCGCGAGGCGGAAGAGCGGGAGGCCAGCGAGCUUAAGAGAAACAACUCUGGCCGUGUAACAUUCCCCUGGCUCAAGCUCGUAGGGGAGAGCGAGUCCUCGCCUGCCGCAUCGCACGCGGUGAAGAAGUCUCGCAAACGGCAGGAGAACGACGAGAACUGCCCGACGCCUGUCGUAGACAAGUCAUCGGUAGCAGAGGCCUCCAGGAUGAUGUUGCCGAAGUUUGGAGGUACGAAGUUGGGCAACCAACUUCCCUUGCAGGGCUAGGUCAAGCUUACGCGCUCGAGAGGAUGUCUACCUAUUUAUUUGCGUCUUUGGUCGUCAUUAAUUGUAGCACAUGUAUGCGCAG